UGCACUUGCUCGUCACACAUCUGUAAGUGUGAAACAUCUCCACGCGCAUCCUACCAGAUACAAUCUCGCACAAAACCAUCACAAACAAAAGAGAGUAUAGUAUAACAUUCAAAGAGCAUGUAAAGUCAGAGCGAGGAGGUUCGAGGCGAUCUCCCAUUAUUUUUGUCGCAGGCGCUCAGCCGCGCGUCUUCAGUCGCUCUCGCGAAUUUCUUCAGCGCGAAGCCUCUGAUCGGCGAUACGGGGAGGACACAUUUCCCCUCUCCCGCAUUUCUACCUUUAUCUCCCGCUCCAUCCACGGACAUCCGUCAGCAGCACCCGAAGAGCGGGGUCUCCUAUCCGCUGUAUUGGACCACUGGAUUUAGGUUGGGAACAGAGGGAAGGGGUCUUCACCAUGGAUUCUGACUUUUUAAACACUUAAAACCCCACACUUUUAGAAAGCCCGUGUUUAAUUAGUUGGUCGCGUGCUUCGGUUUAGGUGAUCUCUUUUCCGAUUCUUCUUUACCAAACGGGAUGGUUCCAGUCCAACACUGCCUGGGGUGAGAGUAUCUUGAAAGACUGGGAAGAAACGCAAAAGAAAAGGGGAGAGAAAUAGAGAUCGACGGAUUAUGGCUCUCGUCGUGCUGUAUCUCUUUAUUCUGACGCUCACCUGUACGAACUUUAACCUGAUGAAUGCGGCUAGGCACGCGGUACACUGGAACAGCUCCAACAUACUACUUCGUAAGGAAGGCUACACAUUGCAGGUGAAUGUGAACGACUAUCUGGAUAUUUACUGUCCUCACUACAAUAGUAGUCAGAGGGGCGUGGCUGAGCAGUAUGUGCUCUACAUGGUCAGUUAUCGUGGCUACCGCACAUGUGACCCACAGCUGGGCUUCAAACGCUGGGAGUGUAACCGCCCCCACGCACCCCAUGCACCAAUCAAAUUCUCUGAAAAAUUUCAGCGCUACAGCGCCUUCUCGCUCGGCUAUGAGUUCCAUGUUGGCCAGGAGUAUUAUUACAUCUCCACGCCCACUCACCACCAUGGCCGCAGCUGCCUGAGACUGAGAGUGUAUGUGUGCUGCUCAACAGCAUCUGAUUCAGAUGAGGAGACCCAGCCCACAGAGCCAGACUACACUCUAACACCUAACAUCAAGAUGGAUGACCUCGAUGACUAUGAUAAUCACGAGGUUACCAAACUGGAGAAGAGCAUCAGUGGUAGCAGUCCAUCCAGGGAUCGACUUCUCUUGACCAUUGCAUCACUUUUCUUCAUUGCCUUCUUGGUAUCCUAGCAUCCAACUCCUAACUGUCGCCACACCAAUGAGGCCUUGGGGGAAGGAAGGGUCCAGGGCCAGCGGGUUAGCGAAUAAAGACUGGAACACUUCAAAAGCAAUGGAAGUCAAAGAAAAGGAGACGGAACACUUGUUUGGAAUGAUGCUACAGCAGCUUGCUGAGUGUCAAGCACCAGCCCACAAUUCAACAGUGCUAUUCAUGUCUUACAAAAACACAAACAAUACUAUUACAGAUUUCAAUACAAUAAUGAGAACUGUGCCAUUUGGGUUACAAUAGUGGGGAUGUACUUUAUGCGUGCAUGUGUGUUUAGGCGUUUGUGUGGGUUUGCUGGUGCCUUCAGUGCUUGGGGCGGGGCACAUCUUUCCUUCACUCUGAAGGUUUGAUUGCUCCAUUAUCUGUGGAUUGGCAGGUUAAAAGUUUAAGAGCUUCUCAGAUUCUGUUUGAUGAAAACUGAUACCAAGAUGUUGUUAACAGUUUAGAAGCUCAGAUUACUCUUUAGCUAAUCUCAGCAGAUAAACAAAGCCACUUUUCAUUUAAUGUACUUCCAAAAGUAUUUGUUUCUCUCUCUGAGUUUCUGUUACUACAGAGAUGUAAAAACCACUGGAUGAUCAUGUAUUUGCUGUCAGGGAUGGAACAGUGAUAUUCAUUUGAUGAGUUUAAACAAGUCUGUAAUAGCAGCAGAACUCAAUGAUUCUAAAUCAACUAUAAAAGAAAACAAGUCACAUUGUUUUUGACAUGUGCACUGUCAAGGCUACAAUUUAUAAAGCAUUAAAAUCCAGUUACAACUGAUUCUUAUUUGAACCUAGUGUGAUCGCACUUAAAGGUAGGGCCAGUAAAAGCUAAUUUGUUCUUUGAUGCAGAAAAUUGAGAGAGCGAAGUGAUUUUGCAAACACAAGCGCCAAAACAGACGCAUUAAACACAUCAAGACAAACAGAAGCCAAAUAGCUUUUAUUGUUUUGUUUCCUUCUCCCUUUUGAUAAAAGGUGCUUGCUUGUGUGAGUGAGUGAGUGAGUGAGUGAGUGAGUGAGUGAGUGAGUGAGCAUGUGUGUGCAUGUAUGUGUGUGUGCAUUAGCUCAGUAAUGCUGGAAUAAUCUCCUCUGGACAUUCUGUGGAUUUAAAGACUAAUACCUUAAAUUGGAGAUACUCUGGACAACACAAACACAGACACUGUACAUAAAACACAUACAUUUAUUUAUGUUUGGGACAAAUGGACAUUGUGGACGGCCUUAUGUCCACUCAUUAGUUUGGACCAUGCUGAUUCUCGCUGGAUUCGGAGAACUCUGAGAUGCCAAACCAACUUCAGCUGGUUCAUUCCAGUUCAAACCAGUUCCACUUGUUGCUGCUUGCAUCAGACUUCUUUUGGUGGUGAUCAAAUGAAAGACCAAAUGAAAAUUGAGGGGUCCAGUUUCUAAGGCAACAGUUAUUCAGUGGUGGUUUUCUAUAAUGCCACACACACACCUAAAGGUACUUGGAGUUCAGCGGGAAAUCAGAAAAACACACUAAAUAACCGCAAUUACCAACAGCAGUUCUGGUGACACUUUUGCCAAGAGUAAUACAAACAAACAAGUGCUUUAGGCCAGGUAGUUAUUGUGUUCUUAUGAUCUUUUCAAUGGAUAAACAGCAGCAAAUAUCAUUUUACAACAAGGUCCCAAAUUAAGACUCUAACUUUUUUUUACAUAGCAAGCACCUUAUCAUGAUGAUAACAAAACCCUUCCACAGCCCAUGAUAGCAACCAGUGCUGCUUUUUACCCUAGAACCAAACACAUGCAAAUACUGCUUAAACUUGCAAUGGAAUGUGAUUUAGGAAAAGUGAUGUAUGGUAGAGGAUUUUUUUUAACAUAGAGUCAUAAUGGAAGUUUAAUGUUUUUAUAUGGACGCCUUCUCUCACAACCACAGGCCGUCUCUAACAUAUUGAUGAAGCUGUUUAUUGUAUCAUUCUGCUUUUGCUCUGCAAAUAAUUUCAAUUCAUAUCUGCUUUAUAUUCCAUUAUAUGGUUGCUGUGGUAGCACUGGUCUAGAGCAACUUCAGAACAAAUAAUGGAACACUAACUUGAAUGCUCAGAAUGAUGUGACGUAAGUAUUUAUACAGACUUGAAUCUACAUUUUAUUUGUUUAUUGACUUUCAUGUUGUCUUUCAAAGGUGUUAGGUUGAGGUAGCUUUUGUGUUUAGAAGGGUUUGCUCAUUGAGUUUGGCUUUUUUAGGGCUUGUUAAUUUUUUGAUGGCAUAAUGUAAUAUUUCAGAAGAGUUGAUCAGGUAAAUGGAGGGAAAAGUAUCACUCUUAAAAUGUUGCACUUACAAAAACUUGGACACGAGAAUAAUGUGUGUAUAUGUGUGUGGGAGUGAGUGAGUGAGUGAGAGAGAGAGAGAGAUUGCAACUGUUAGAAGUUGUCAUUUGUAUUAAAACUAUCCUAAAUAUCCGUUUGAUCUUUUAAGUGUGUGUGAGAGAAUGACAGAUAGUACUAUUGAUAGGGGGCGGUGUGUGCGUGUGUGUGCACAUAUGUUUGAGUAUUGUUUUCUAUUGUUUAGUCUGAGCAUAUUCUGUGUGAAUGUGUAAGUGGGUGUGAGGAACUAUUGUUUUUUUUGGGGGGAAAACAAAAACAUUUAUUAGUGUUUGAAACAAACAAUUACAAUCAUGUUUACCUUCAACUGGAAUGAAUUAAAAGAUCCUGAAAAAAUAACAAAGCUUAUAAUAAUAAUCAUGAAACAAAACAUUGUGCCUUUGAUUCAUAUUUGUUACAGACACAAGGAUGUUGAUUAUGCACUCAUAUGUUUGUGUUAGAUAUUGGAAAAUCUAUCGGAAUGUGCUCAGUCUCUGAUUAAGCCAAUAAGUGUACACAAAACACA